GAGUUGGCGGGCGGGCGGCGGCAUAGGCGGUGCCGCCGCCAUGCGGGAGCGGCGACCGGUACCGGCGGCGCCGGCCCGCUGCAAGCUGGUGCUGGUGGGCGACGUGCAGUGCGGCAAGACCGCCAUGCUGCAGGUGCUGGCUAAGGAUUGCUACCCCGAGACGUACGUGCCCACCGUGUUUGAGAACUACACGGCGUGUCUGGUCAGCGAGGAGCAGCGGGUGGAGCUGAGCCUCUGGGACACCUCCGGCUCUCCAUACUAUGACAACGUGCGGCCGCUCUGCUACAGCGACUCGGAUGCUGUCUUGCUCUGCUUCGAUGUCAGCCGUCCUGAGACCCUGGACAGUGCGGCCAAGAAGUGGAAGACGGAGAUCCUGGACUAUUGCCCUGACACGCGAGUGCUGCUCAUCGGUUGCAAGACAGAUCUGCGGACGGACCUGAGCACCCUGAUGGAGCUCUCCCACCAGAAACAGGCGCCCAUCUCUUAUGAGCAGGGCUGUGCAGCCGCCAGGCAGUUGGGAGCUGAGAGUUACCUGGAAUGCUCGGCGUUCACCUCGGAGAAGAGCGUACACAGCAUCUUCCGGAUCGUAUCUGGCAUUUGUCUGAGCAGGGCCCCCCCGCGACCCCCCCGCAGCCCCCCCCGCGGCCUCUCCAAGCGCAUCCUCCACCUUUCCAGCCGCACCGACCUCAUCAGCUCCACCUUCAAGAAGGAAAAGGCAAAAAGCUGCUCUGUCAUGUGAGGGGGGGGGGGGACGGGGGACCCCUAAAUACACCCCCGUCCAGUGUGUGUCCCACCCCCAGAGUUGCCAGGGUGAGCAGCGGGGGGGGGCAGACAGAGCCACAGAGCCCCCCCCUUUAAAGGAUGGGGUGCCUGCUGCCCUCCCAUCACACUGCUUCCCCCCCAGCACCCAUCCUGGGGGGCAGCCCCCAUGAGUGGGAGUCGGGGGAGGGAUGGCCCUAAGUACCCCCCCAGCCCCCCCCUCCGAGGUUACCAACAUAUGGGGUAAGGGGGGGGCUGGCUAGAGUUAGAGGCCCCCUCAAGGAGAAUGGGGUGCCUGCUGCCCUCCCAUCACACCUCUCACCCCCCAGCACCCAUCCUGGGGGGGGGGAGCCCCCAUGCCUGGGAGUCGAGGGGGAUUAAAUACUAUGUCCCCCGCCCCAGUCCCCAGAGUUAUGGGGUGGGGGCUGGCCAAGGCCACAGAGCCCCCCCCCCCCCCAAUCAUGCAGAUUUGGGUCCCAUCACACUGCUUUGCACCCCAUAGCAC